AUGGCAGAAGCUACCAAAUCAGGUGAGAGACUCAUCAAGGCAGAAGAGGUGUUGAAGCACCAGAAAGAAGGCGAUUUGUGGCUGAUUAUUGACGGUGAUGUUUACGAUGCUACUAAAUUUGUUGACGAGCACCCAGGUGGCGAGGAAGUCUUACAUGAUGUUGCCGGAACAGAUGCCACAGAUGCAUUUGAUGAUAUUGGUCACUCUGAUGAGGCCAGGGAGAUUCUUAGUGGUCUAAAGAUUGGAAAAUUGGAUGGAGAUCUUCCUACUGGUAUUUCAAGCAGUGAUGAGAAAGGUUCCAAGGGUUCCCAACAGUCGCAAAUUCCUUUGUUUGCAGUUACUGCUCUUCUUUUGGCACUCAUUGCUCUUUUCUACGCUAAGCAGUAA